UCAAGGGCAAUUAUUUAGGCUUUAAAUCAUGAUAAACGUUUUGAUAUUUAGUGGUAAUCAAAUUACGCAGUGUACAGAUUUGUGUUUCUUCAAAUCAGUGGAGAAAUUUUGAAUUUUUAUUGCUUACUUUUUCUCCUAUAACAAUAGUUCUGUAUUGGUUUUCCAUCUAUAAAUUAUUAUUGAAUAUCCUGUCCCUAGCCUAAGCUAAUGGUGAAAAAAAAAAAAGCUGGGACUGCUUUUCUCAUUUGCAGAAUGAUUUUCCUCUAUAGAGAUGGAGGAGGGAUUUAAUGGGGAAGGCAAACUAAAUUCAAAGAUCUCAUUAAGAACUUAAGUUAUAUUGAUGCACAAUUCCAAAGUUACAACCAAAUCUAUCUGUGGUAUCAGGUCCCACCAUACUUUUCCAGGAAUUAAUAGUUUUUCAUAAGCAGGAUAUCUGGUAGGACAAUAAAUGCAAAGAAAUGUACAUGGGGAAAGCAAAAUUCCCUGGGUCUUCAAUACAUUUGAAAUGACUAGAGCCAACAUAUGGCAAAGGAUAAUAAUAUCAUAUGCGCAUAAAACAUUCAAAACAUUCUGAAAGAAGGUGUAAACAUUCUAAAUGCUGUUGGAUUUUCAAGAAAAUCUCUGAUUGGCCACAGGAUUCUGACUUAAUUAAAACCUUCUGUAUGGCAAGAAGCAUUCUGGGACUUUGGCAUUUCCCCAAGAAACCCCAGAAUGUUUUUUAGCCUCUCUUCUCUCUCUCUCUCUCUCGCUCCUCUUGCUCUCUGUUUUCCCUCAUCCAGUGGUGUCUUACAUCAGCUCACUGUGCCUGAGAGUGAGAUCUGAAAGAGAACUUCGGAGAGAAACAAAAGGCCUUGUUUUCGUCCUCCUGAUAAGACAUACAUUACUUGGAAUUAAGAAAUCCUUGGACAAAUGUUUUGAAAACAGCAACCCAAGCAGAAUGAACGUCCCGUCUCCGCCUGAGAUGAAGCAGCUUUGGAAGAUGCUCUUUCCGCUCCUUAUCCUGCUUUACCUAUCGGGAGCUGUCAAAUCUCAAGUAAAUCCAGGUGUGUGUAGGUCCCCAUUGGGAAUGUCCAGAGGCCAGAUCUUAGAUGAAGAUAUUUCAGCGUCCAGUCAGUGGUCUGAUUCCACAGCAGCAAAAUAUGGCAGACUGGACUGUGAGGAAGGAGAUGGUGCGUGGUGUCCUGAAAUAGGAGGAGAACCUGAGAAUAUAAAUGAGUUCCUGCAGAUAGACCUUCGUUCUCUGCACUUCAUCACUCUGGUGGGCACUCAAGGACGUCACGCGGGGGGCAUUGGGAAUGAAUUUGCCCAGACAUACAAGAUCAAAUACAGCCGUGAUGGCAGCCGCUGGAUCUCCUGGCGCAACAGGCAGGGCAAAGAGGUGAUCGAGGCAAACAGGAAUGCCUAUGAUAUAGUGUUGAAGGACUUAGAGCCUCCCAUUAUUGCACGUUUCGUCCGCUUCAUGCCCGUCAUUGAUCACUCCAUGAAUGUUUGUAUGCGUGUGGAACUGUACGGCUGUGAGUGGCUGGAUGGCUUGGUCUCAUAUAAUUCUCCACUUGGCCAGAAGAUGACCCUCAAUGGACAGUAUAUUUAUCUCAAUGACUCCGUGUAUGAUGGAGCCAUGAGUAACAGUAUGACAGAAGGACUUGGACAACUGACGGAUGGCAUGUGUGGCCUCGAUGACUUCACACACAGUCACGUCUACAGUGUAUGGCCUGGUUAUGACUAUGUUGGCUGGACCAACGAGAGCUUUCCCAACGGUUAUGUUGAGAUCAUGUUUGAGUUUGACCGCACCCGAAAUUUCACCACCAUGAAGGUGCACUGCAACAACAUGUUCUCCCGAAGGGUAAAGACUUUUCAGAAGGUGGUGUGUUAUUUCCGCUCAGAGUUGGACUGGGAAGCUACGCCCAUAUCAUUCAGCCCUGUGAUGGAUGAUGUCAAUCCCAGUGCCCGCUUUGUCACCGUCUCGCUCUACAAUCACAUGGCCAGUGCUAUUAAGUGCCAGUACUACUUUUCUGACAUUUGGAUGAUGUUCAGUGAAAUCACCUUCCAGUCAGAUACAGCCAUGUACAACACAACCCUGUCUCCCCCCAAGACCGGUCCUCCUAUCAGCAAUCAGCCAGGGGAUGACCCUACCCACAAAGUAGAUGACAGCAACACCCGGAUCCUGAUUGGCUGUUUGGUUGCCAUCAUCUUCAUUUUAGUAGCCAUUAUUGUUAUUAUACUGUGGAGACAAGUGUGGCAGAAAAUGCUUGAGAAGGUUUCUCGGAGGAUGCUGGAUGAUGAACUAACUGCUAGUUUGUCAAUACAGAGUGAGACCUUCACCUAUAACAACAACAACAACAGCCCCUCUUCAGUGCCCAGUGAGCAGGAGUCUAGCUCCACCUAUGAGCGCAUCUUCCCUCUGGGACCCGACUACCAAGAGCCCUCUCGCCUGGUUCGCAAACUGCCAGAGUUUUCCCAGACCUCAGAGGAUACUGGUAAGCUGCAGAUGCAGUGUAUGGAAUAUAUAUGCAAUCUCAUAUAUACAUAUUCAUGUAUAUUUGUUUAUUUUUCUGCAGCUUCAACAAAUACAUCUUCCAAGUCCCCUCCAGUCAGUGUACAAGAUGGGGUCCCACAUUAUGCCGAGGCAGACAUUGUCAACCUGCAGGGUGUAACUGGGGGCAAUACCUACGCAGUGCCCGCCCUCACCAUGGACCUGCUGUCAGGGAAGGAUGUCGCUGUGGAGGAAUUUCCUAGGAAACUGCUUACGUUUAAAGAAAAGUUGGGAGAAGGGCAGUUUGGAGAGGUGCAUUUGUGUGAAGCAGAAGGCAUGCAAGAUUUCACGGAUGAGGACUUCUCCUUCGAUGUAAUUGAAAACCAAACAGUGCUUGUAGCUGUUAAAAUGCUUCGAACAGAUGCAAAUAAAAACGCCAGGAAUGAUUUCUUAAAGGAGAUAAAGAUCAUGUCACGAUUGAAAGACCCCAACAUCAUCAGGCUUCUGGCGGUGUGUAUGAGCUCUGACCCUCUGUGUAUGAUCACCGAGUACAUGGAGAAUGGAGACCUUAAUCAGUUCCUGUCUCGCCAUGAGCCCGAGGGCAUGAUCGCUCUCCUCAGCAACGCUCCCACAGUCAGUUACAGUAACCUACACCACAUGGCCACACAGAUUACUUCAGGCAUGAAGUAUCUAUCAUCACUCAACUUUGUGCAUCGAGACUUGGCCACCCGUAACCUCCUAGUAGGGAAGAACUUCACCAUCAAGAUUGCAGACUUCGGAAUGAGUAGGAACCUGUAUAGUGGAGACUACUACCGUAUCCAGGGCAGAGCGGUGCUGCCAAUCCGCUGGAUGUCCUGGGAGAGCAUUCUUCUGGGGAAAUUCACCACAUCCAGUGAUGUGUGGGCUUUUGGCGUGACCCUUUGGGAGAUGCUUACCUUCUGCAAAGAGCAGCCUUACUCACAGCUGUCAGAUGAGCAAGUCAUUGAAAACACAGGAGAGUUCUUCCGGGAUCAAAGGAGACAGAUAUACCUGCCUCAGCCACCAAUGUGUCCAGACCCUGUCUACAAGCUCAUGUUGAGCUGCUGGCACAGAAACACCAAAGAGCGCCCAUCCUUCCAGGAGAUUCAUCACACAUUACUGGAUUGCAAGCCAUAGUGUCCACUUGUGUGCCAAUCUUGGCACUCCCAGAGACAUUUCAGUGUGCCCACAGGACUCCAGUCAACUACAAACCGCAACACACACUUAUAUGUUCCCGUAUAUAAGUGAGAUCAGAGUCUAUCAUUUUUCUGUAGCAAUUUUCACUGUGAGUGUGCAAAGGCAAACUGAUAUAUUGUACGAUUGAAUCAUAAG